CUUCCGGUUGACUCCGGAACUUCCUUCGAACUUCCUCCGAACUUCCUCCGGUCCACGCUGAGAUGCAUCUUAGGCACUGAAGUCAUGGAUGUGAAAAACUCUGGCAUUAUUACUCCUAAAAGAACUAUCUUAUCCGUCAGCGCAAGAAAAAUUAAAGACAAUGCUGCAGAUUGGCACAAUUUAUUAUUGAAAUGGGAGACUUUCAACAAUGUAGGGUUUUCUAUUGCAAACAAAAUAGGAAACAUCAAAAUCAGUGCACUUACUGAAGGCAAGGUAGAACUAGAAUGCAACAGCAUUGCUUCUGGCAUUUGUUCUCAAAAGGCACAUCCAAAAUAUAAUGAAGAACUUGAGAUGCUAUGCAAGGAACUUCAUGAUACCUUGGCAAACUUGGCUAAGGUACAGAUGAAAAUGGAAAAAUUAACAUCAACUACUAAAGGAAUUUGUAACCUAGAAAAUUACCAUCAUGGAAAUGGAAAUCAAACACCCCUUUUCCAUACAUGGCCCACAACCUAUUUCUAUGAAGUUUCCCAUAAGCUUUCAGAAAUGUACAAGAGAGAAAUACUACUCAAACGCAUCAUUGUUGAAGAGCUCGCCCAUGCUACGAACCAGGAUCUCAUUUUAAGCUACUUGUCUAUGUGGCUGUAUCAGCCCUAUAUUGAAAACAGCAGACUUGAUGUGGAAAGCAUGCUACUUGAAACGGGACAUCGAGCAUUAUAAUUUUUCUAAAACCAAUGACCUUAAAUUUAAAAAAUGGUUUUCUGUAAUAUUACAGAACACCAUUAAGAAAUGAGCAUUAUUUUAGCAGUACUAGUUUUACCUCACAUUAAAUUGGCAAAAAUGGAAGGAAAAAAAAAAUCACAGACCAGCAGUGCUCAAUAAACUCUAAUAAUAAACUAGACAUCACAGACCAGAAUGCUCAAUAAACUAUAAAAAACUCUUAA